AUGGAAGCAACGGCCUCCUACCUGGAACGUCCCCCCAAACGCAAGCGUGAAUCGUCCUGCAGUCGAUCUGGUCCUGCUGACGAAAGCAGAGGCGCAAAGCCCAUGGAACCACCUAAUCAAGAUUCCACACAGCCGGAACCUCCCACCAACAAUGAGAAGGUGGCAUCGGCCGCGGAGUCCUUCAGACCCUUGGCCCGUGAGUUGGAGCGCCUGGACGAAAAGGACCCCAUUCUGGCUGCCCAGGCGGCGCGCCUCGUAGCCCUCUACCGGCGCUUGUGGGAGUCCUACGUCGCCAAGAAUGCCGACAGUCAGCGCCUCGACAAAGAAAAUCAGCGGCUCAAGAACGCCAAUGCCAGCCUCUCGGAAGAAAAACGGCAGGCAGAGAGCCAUUACUUAGAAUAUGACGUCCUCCUGUCCUACUACAAGGAAGCACACCAGAAGAUCGAAGAAGGCAUCAUCGGGGUCCUAGAGGAUUGGAAGGAACCCCUGAACGACUCCGCAGAUGCUGGCAAGCAGAAGCAAGAUGGAUCAGAGUAG